AAUAAGAAGCUGCAUUAGUUCAUAAGUUUUUUAAUAAUAUAGAGAAAUAAUACAAAAAGUAACUUAAUACCAAGGUUCCUUCCUCUAUAUAAUAUAAUUCAAGUACUUCAUUCAUUCUCAUUCCGUAAAACCAUACAAAACCAAGUAGCUAGCCAUGGGUGUGAAUGUAACCACAUUUACCGACGAGUUCACCAGCCCGGUUCCAGCAGCGAGACUGUUUAAGGCCUUGAUCCUUGAUGCCCAUAACCUUUAUCCUAAGAUCACCCCGCUCGGGAUCAAAAGUAUCGAUACCAUUGAAGGUGACGGAGGUCCCGGAAGCAUCAAGCAGAUCAACUUUGCCCUAGAUGGUCAGGCGACAUACGUGAAGCACAAAGUUGACGCAUUGGAUGAGGAUAAGAUGGUAUAUGCAUAUACAUUGAUCGAAGGUGGUGAGCUAGCCACGGAUAAGAUCGAGUUGAUUUCGUAUAAUAUGACGUUUGAAUCGAGCCCGAGUGGUGGAUGCAUUGGCAACAACACAAGCAAGUUUCAUAUCAAAGAAGGUCUUGAGAUCAAAGAAGAGGAUAUCAAAGAGGGAAAAGAGAAAGCUUUUGGUGUCUUUAAAGCCAUUGAAGCAUUUCUCUUGGAAAACCCUAAUGCUUAUGUUUAACUUGGUCAUUUUGCAUUGUUCGCGCGGACUGGACAUUCAAUCAUAAAUCUUAAAAUACCGUUCAACAUGGUUUAUUUAUGGAUAUGUGUGGUUGUUUAGGUCAUUUUCAUGUGUUUUAAGUAUGAAAUAAUAUUGGAAUGUUGUGCCUUCAAUAUUCUAUGAAUUAUGAUCCAAUUAAGAUUGGCUUAUUUUCUUGUAAUAAAUACAUAAUAUAUGGGAAUUUAUAAUUGCACCCUA